AUGAGAAGUGCCGUCAAGUCUCUGCUAGUUCCAAACCCAGCUGCGAAUUUCGAAGCUUUCGUGUCCAAAUGCUUGUCUCUCUUCAAAACCACCACCAUCGCUCGAGGAACCGUCCUCCAUGGCCAUUUGAUCAAAACCGGUACUUCCUCCGAGAGGUACAUCUCCGUGAAGCUCCUGAUAAUGUAUCUAACUGGCCGGAAACCCGCGGAAGCUCAUCAGGUUGCGAAGGAAUUCGAUCGGUUUGAUCUCGUCGUGCACAACUGUUUCAUAAAUGCUAGCCUACAGUCGGGGGAACUUGACAAAGCUCGCAAGGUGUUCGACGAAAUGCCCGAGAGAAACGAGGUGUCGUGGACUUCGUUGAUUUCGGGGUUCAUGAAGUCGGGGAGAGUUGACGAGUCAUUGUGGUAUUUUAGGAGGAACCCGUUUCAGAAUGUGGUUUCUUGGACGGCUGUGAUUAGCGGGUUCGUCCAGAAUGGUUUGAUGUUAGAGGCUUUGAGCAUGUUCUUGGAGCUCUGUGAAUCAGAGAUCAGGCCGAAUGAAGUCACGUUUACAUCGGUUCUCAAGGCGUGCUCAGAAACUGGUGAGUUCAGGUUAGGGAUGAGUUUGUUGGGUUUGAUUAUCAAGACUGGAAAUGAACAUAAGUUGUCAGUUUCCAAUUCUUUGAUCACAUUGUUCUUGAGAAUGGGCGAAACAGAUUCUAGCAGGAGAGUGUUUGAUAGCAUGGCGGAAAGAGAUGUAGUUUCUUGGACAGGCAUAUUAGAUAUGUACGUCGAGAAUGGGGAUUUGGUCGAAGCGAGAAGAAUCUUUGACGAGAUGCCUCAGAGAAAUGAAGUUUCAUGGAGCGCAAUGAUUUCUAGGUAUAGCCAGAGUGGCCAUCCCGAAGAAGCAUUGAGCCUCUUCCACAAAAUGGUACGAGAGGGAAAACUCGUUAAUGUAUCAUGCCUCUCUAGUGUUAUAAACGCAUUGACCGCUGUCAAGGCUCUGCAAUCCGGGAUGAACAUCCAUGGACAUACGGUGAAAAUCGGGAUGGAGAGAGAUGUGUACAUCUCCAGCUCUCUUAUUGAUCUCUACUGUAAAUGUGGGCAGACUAACGAGGGACGCCUGUUAUUCGAUUCCGUUGCAGAGAAGAAUGUUGUCACCUGGAACUCCAUGAUUGGCGGGUAUGGGUUCAAUGGACAAAUGGAAGAAGCCAACUCGUUGUUUGAAGCAAUGCCUUCACCUAACAGCGUCUCGUGGAGUGCUCUGAUCACCGGUUACUUGGAUAACAAGCAAUUUGACAAGGUGUUAGACCUAUUCAAUCAGAUGCUUUUGUUUGGAGAACGGCCAAAUAAAUCCACAUUCUCUUCUCUGCUAUGUGCUUGUGCAACCACAGCUUCUUUGGAAAAAGGGAAGAACAUCCAUGGCAAAGCAAUCAAGCUUGGGAUUCAGUCGGACGUGUUUGUAGGCACUGCUCUCACUGACAUGUACGCGAAAUCGGGCGAUGUGGAGGGUGCCUGUAGGGUGUUCAACAGAAUGCCGCAGAGAAAUGAGUUCACUUGGACUGUGAUGAUCCAGGGGCUUGCCGAGAGUGGAUUCGCGAUGGAAGCCCUCAAGCUGUUUGACGAGAUGGACAGUAGAACUCCACCUAACGACCUCAUGCUCUCCUCGGUCUUCUUCGCCUGCUCUCACUCUGGCUUAGUCAACAGAGGACUCCAGUACUUCAGAACCUUUGAGACAAAAAUGAACGGUUCGCACUACACAUGUCUAGUCGACAUGCUAUCAAGAGCAGGGAGACUGGAAGAAGCUGAGGAGCUCAUUGAAUCAAUGCCAGUUGAACCGGAGCCCAAUGCAUUGGCAGCUCUACUGAGCGGCUGUCAAAGGCAUAAGAACGAGGAGCUGGCAGAGAGAACGGCAAAGAAGUUAUGGCCAGCAGCAGAGAGAGACUCUGGAGGGUAUGUAAUUUUGUCGAACUUGUAUGCUUCAGCUGGGAGGUGGAAGGACGUUUUGGAAGUUAGGAAGCUGAUGAAGGAAAAGGGAUUGAAGAAGAAUGGAGGUUGCAGUUGGAUUGAGCUGAAGAAUCAAGUUCAUUCAUUCCACUCUGGAGAUGGAGCUCAUUCUCAGUCCAUCAAAAUUUAUGGUGUUUUGAAACUAUUAAUGUAUGAAAUGGUUCCUGUGUAA